AUAGUAAAUUAAAGCAAGAUGCCGAAGUAGAGUUAUAUGAACAAUUUGAAGAGUAUGAGGAACCAGAGCAGUAUAAUGAAUUAGAAUUAAUAAAUAGUGAAGAAACUAUUAAUGAUACCAAUAGUAACAUGAUAGAAAGCUAUAAUAUUCAAAAAGUAAAUUAUAAAUUAGUUCAAGAUAUUGAAG